UUUUGUUUCCAACGCACGCCUUCUGUUUUCUUGUCUUCCCUCUUCACUUGGGCUUGUGCAGGUUUCCUCAUCUGCUGCGUGCUGCACUUACAAAUUUGCAAUUCUCUCUCUCUCUCUCUCUCUCGCUCGCUCUCUCAUUAAUCCUAAUUGACAAACAGAGUUUGUGAAAAUGGUUUCGGAGUCGGAGCUAGUCAAUCGGCUCAGGGAAAUCCUUCGAACCUCCGACCUGGACAUUGCCACCGCUGGCUCCGUUCGCCGCCAACUCGAGGAGGAAUUCGGGGUUAGUCUGCAUGACAGGAAAACCUUCAUAAGCGAGCAAAUUGACUUGUUCCUCUCAGAACUUAGAAACGAUGACGCCCAACAGCAACAUCGAGAAGAAACCCAGGGAGAUAGCAGUGAUGAUGAGGAGAUAAGGCAAGUAAAGGUUGAGGAUGUGAAGCAAGUUGAUGAGAAUGAGGAUAGUGGGUCCCACACCCAGGAAGUGGCAAUUGGAAAAGAUGAAGGAAGUGAUGGAGUAAGAAGCAAGCAAAAAAGUAGGUCUCACAAGAAGGAUAAAAAUGAAAAGAAAAAGGGAAGUGGCUUUGGCAAAACAUGGGCAAUAUCUCCUCAACUUCAGGAAAUUGUUGGAGUGCCAGAAAUGGCUAGAACUGAGGUGGUAAAAAGGAUGUGGACAUACAUCAGGGAGAAUAAUUUGCAAAAUCCAAAGGAUAAGCGAAAGAUAAUAUGUGAUGAAAACUUGCGUGGAAUUUUUCAAGUAAAGAGUAUUAACAUGUUUCAGAUGAAUAAAGCUCUGUCCAAGCACAUGUGGCCCAUUGAUUCAGAAGAUGAACCCCAGAAGCACAACACACAACAGCAUCAAGAAGAUCAAGAAGAAGCGGAAGAAGAAGAUAGUAAUGGUGAAGAGAUGAAACAAGAAUUUGAGAAUCUGAAGCAAGAACUGAAUGAGGGUAGUGUUCACCAGGAAGUGGACGUUGAAAAUGAGGAAGAAAGUCAUGGAGUGAGAAGCAAGAAGAGAAGUAGGUCUUACAAGAUGGAUAACAAUGAUAAGAAAAAGAGAAGCGGCUUUAACAAACCAUGGGCAAUUUCUCCUCAACUUCAGAAAAUUGUUGGAGUGCAGCAGAUGGCUAGAACUGAGGUUGUCAAAAAGAUGUGGGUGUACAUUCGCGAGAAGAAUUUGCAAAAUCCGAAGGAUAAGCGAAAGAUAAUAUGUGAUCAAACCUUGCAUGGAAUUUUUCAGGUCAAGAAUAUUAACAUGUUUCAGAUGAAUAAAGCACUGUCAAAGCACAUGUGGCCCAUUGAUGCAGAAGAUGAUCACCAAGAAGCUGAAGAAGACGGUAAUGGUGAAGAGACAGAAGAACAAUCAGAGGAUGUGAAGCAAGAAGAGAAUGAGUACAGUGGGUCCAAUGAAGUGGACAUAGGAGGAGGAGGAGAAGAAGAAGAAGAAGAAGAAGAAGAAAGUGAUGGAAUAAGAAAUAAGCAAAAAAGUAGGUCUCAAAGGAUGGAUGCAAUUCAAAAUAAAAAAGGAAGUGGCUUUAGCAAACCAUGUGCCAUAUCUCCCCAACUUCAGGAACUUGUUGGAGUGCCUGAGAUGGCUAGAACCGAGGUUGUCAAAAAAAUGUGGGCUUACAUCCGGGAGAAGAAUUUGCAAAAUCCAAAGGAUAAGCGGAAAAUUAUAUGUGAUGAAGCCUUGCGUGCCAUUUUUCGAGUCAAUACUAUCAACAUGUUUCAAAUGAAUAAAGUACUCUCCAAGCACAUAUGGCCCAUUGAUAUAGAAUAUGGACACCUGUCAGGAGAAUGAUAUAAAUAAUACUGGUGACUGUUUGGUGGAUGACUUUCUCACUGAGGAUGUUUGGUUGUUUGCCAAUUCUGCAUCACUAUAUUUUCAUCAAUUCCUUCCUAUAUUUUCAAAUGCAACUCCUAUCAAAUCUUCACAGAAGAAAAGGCAGCGGGAAAAGGACCGGCAAUAAGGUUUUGAUGAACCAAAAUGAAAAGAAAAACAGCAGAAAGGGUGAAUGUCGGGUUGCCUUGGCCCCCUUUUCUUGUCAGGUAUUGUGGUCAAGUUCCUUGGUACUGGUGAAUAUGCGCUAUCUCGAGUUGAUGUAGUGAAGAGAAUGUGGAAGCACAUAAAGGAAAACCAAGGUGCAGUAUGUCAGGUGCUUGUCCCAUCAGAUCCAUGUAUUAUCUUUCAGAGAAAACCAAAAAUGAAGUAUGCUGGCUUGACUAGUGAUUUAAGUUUGUCCAAGCCGUUUUACUGAGGAUCCAACUGACUGGAUGGAGAAUCAUAUGCAAUCAUAAAUUAACUGAGCUCUUGGUCCAUUAGAUGGCUUCACAACAUCAAAGGUCCUAAAUGCUCAUUUUAUCAGAACAGAUGCUGAGUGGUGACAUGUUGAGUGAGAGCUGUAGAGACGGGGAUAGAAUCGCUUAUAAAAAUCUGUGAAUUGCUAAUCCACCAUAGCUAAUUUGGAUUAGUUUUUCCAGCUUUACAUAUCAUCCUAUCACAUGGCAAGACGUACUAAAUUAAAAUCGUGGAUCCAAUACUCAAAAAGGGACUGUAGUACUCCGAUUUUCUUAUUAUAUGGGCAAAGGAAAUUGCUAGA